AUGUCGACUCUCAGGCUUGCGACAGCUUCCAAUGUACGCGCUUUCCAGAUACUGACCGAAGCUCUUGACGCAAGCAACGGGAAGUGGUCACAAUGGAUUGAAAGCGAAACACUCGACGAUGAGGUCGGAAGAUUCAGAGUGUGGGCUGGCAAUCUGGGAGCGUUGCAGAAAGGCCACAGCUCGCUCGACUACAGGCUACGCGGAUCCCCCGUCUUAUUCAGCAGCGCUCUCAGGCUACUGAAUGAGCUUGAGCAGAAUCUGAAUGAAACACAUGCUAUCGUUUCCGAGGCGCGCCUGCCUUAUGAACAGCAAACGCCAUCGGAGGGCUCUGACGAUGAUAGCGACCGUGGCUCGUCCAACGAGGAAGAGGAACAAGACUCUGACAGCGACGAGCCUAGAAGCGAGUUGCGGAUGAGAUAUGAAGAAAUCGUGGAUAUCAUCGACAACCUCUACAAGCUCAGCGUCCGCAUUAGGACACCGACAGUACGCUCAAGAUCGCUCAAAGCCUCUGCCUACACGCCAGUGGAUCCAGAAACUGGUGUGGAUAUCCUCGGUGUGUACGCUGAACUGGAUCGAAAGCAUGUUCGAGAGCUACUCUCGCAGCUACGGAAGACGCAUCCUGCACAGAAUGAUGAAGACCAGGACUUCUUGACUGAGCGGUUGAGCUCUUCUAUUACAUUGCGAAGGCGGCAUUUCAAGUAUUGGAAGCGUCGUAAGUUCGACAAGCAAUAUUGCGACAUCUUGCACAGGCUGACUAUGAUAGAUCGUGAUAAGUUGGGCGCUUCCGCAGAUUCCGAAGACAUAGCAGAUGCUGGCAAACCUACAGCGAAUGAAGCGCCAGCCCCGAUGCGUCACGACACUCUUGAAGCUCACCCAGUACAUGAUAUUGUGGACACCAAAUCCGUGACCAGCUACGCAGUCACCGUGAAAGAUUUAGAUGGAAAAGGAAUCGAUCUACCACCGCCUCCAAAGGCUGCUACUUGCGACAAAGACUUCGAGUGCCCAUACUGUUGGAUCGUCUGCCCUGCACGAUAUGGCAAAGGCCGAGCAUGGAAGACACAUCUGCUACAAGACCUCCAGCCGUACAUUUGUACACACCGGGACUGCGAGAGUUCCGAACUGCUCUUCCGUAGUCGUCGAGAGUGGGCGGAACACGAAGCGACUCAUCGCAAGCUUUGGCGCUGCCCUGAACAUGUGAACGCCUUGUACAACACCCAAGCUGGUCUUGAGAACCACCUUCGACAAGAACAUAUCGGUAGCUUCCCCGACGAUCAAAUAGCUAUCAUGGCUAAGAUCGGAGAGACCAUAGCCGCGGAUUCGCGGGAAAAGUGCCCGAUAUGUUUUGUGCCUACGGUUACUGAAGGUUUGGGCGACUUGCAGAGCCACAUUGCAAAUCAUCUGGAACGUCUGGCUACUUUUGCCUUGCCGCAUGGCAGGGAAGACGACGAAGACGGUGCUAGUAGCGUUGCAAGUCGUGGGAGCUCGAAUUCUCAAUCCUUACCCGAGUCGAUAAGUAACGGUUCAAGCAAUGAGAUGGUCGCACUCAAUCGAGGAUCGGAUUCUGAGCAGUCUUCUGAGUUUGAAUUCAGUGAGGAAGACCGGCUACUACUACAUCUCAUGGGAACGGAGGGUGGGCAGGGGGCGGAUAUCACAGCGCGCUUUCCAGAAGUCUUUGGCAAAAGCCACCACGACCGAAUUCCGGCACUCCGGAUGCGUGCCAAGCAGUUAAGAGAGCGGAAUGUCGAGCUGUAUCUUAAGUCUGGGAUUAGUGAGGAAGACCGCCUACUAGUACAGCUUGAGUACAAAGAGCACAUGCCAGCACAUGAUAUCGCAGAUCGCUUUCGGGAAGCCUUUGGCAGGGACUGCCGCCCGCUCGAACUCCAGUUUCAACUAGAUCGACUGUAUGGGGCACUGAGAAAGCAUUCACUUGAACUAGCCGGGACAGACCGAGGUCUGCUGUCGGCAGAGAUGCUACAGCAACUUCCAGACGAAAGUCAAAAUCGAUUGGCAAUGUUCUCAAAUCAAGUGGACGACCUGGACGACUCGGAAGACGAGCAACCCGACAAUGAACAGCCUGAUGAAAACAUAUUGCCCGAGCACCAGAAACAUCUGGAAGAACGGGAGGCGUUUAGGCAACACGUCUCAUCGUUACCAGGAGUUCUAUCGGUUCGAUUCUAUCGCGGCUACGGCUCAUGGACUGGCCUUAUCACGUUUGUCGAUGAUCUGGUGGGCGAACAAGCAACUGCGCUGUUUGACGCUCAACGAUUCCCCAACGUUGUGUUCAAGAGUAAAAAGAACAAAAGCAAGUGGACAUUCACCAGAAUCGCUGGCACGAGCAAGAAGGACGGCUCCUUCGUCCGCCAGCCAACGGUGGAUACACAGACCACUGAAGAAGCCGAGAUUCUUCCAUCCGGGUCUGACAAGUAUGACGAAGAAGACGAAGAAUCAAGCAAACAACCAAUCAUCACGACUGCCGAGAUCCCUACGUUACGCUCGCUUUAUCAGUCCAGGCGGCUGUUGCAGCGCGAUCAAAGCUUUGCGCCAAACGAUACUUACAAUCAGAUGAUCUCGUUCUGUCAUUACGACCUGACGAGAUUGAGGGUGGAUGCCAUUGUCAGCAAUGCUUCAGGUAACUUCCAGGCCAAUCCUGACCCAGACUCUCUGCAUCACGCUAUCUAUAAAGCCGGCGGAUCAGGUCUCAGAGAAGAGGCGAGAUCAAAAGCCAAGGUCAAAGUGGGCCAGGUCGAGCUCACACACGGCCACAAUCUUCCAAGCUCAUGGGUGAUUCAUGCAGCUGCACCAGGAUAUACAGGCCGUAAAGGGAUUGGCCAAUUCAACGUUCUUUCCGAGUGCUAUCGGAGUGCCAUGAGAAUGGCGGCUAACUACGAGUUCAAAACAAUCGCCUUUCCUUGCCUGGGUACCGGGGGUUGCAUGUUCCCUGCACGUGUCGCUGCACGUAUAGCGCUGCAAGAGAUCAGGGAAUACCUGGAUUCACAUCCUACACAUCGGCCUGAGCGCAUCAUCUUCUGUGUACGGGCAGCAGUCGAUGAGAAGGCAUAUACCGAUUUUCUACCGGUAUUCUUCCCACCCACACAUGGAGACCUGGACAGAGCCAGAACUUCAGACUGGUCUGCGAACCGUGCUGCGCUGGCAGCUCAGGUACUAGAGGCACGUACGCAACUUCAAAAUGCGUUGACUGCAAUCACUGUUACCUACGACUUUGGCACGCAAAGUACGGUCUGUGCUCACGACAUGCGUAGGAUUGACUCUACGCUGAGUUCGAUCCGCAAACAUCUCUUAGGUUCGAAGGAGCUCAAGCGGAGUCUGGGCGACCUCAAUUUACUAUGCUCCGUCAUUUUUACGGCAUGUGCUGACAUUAUGGAUAUGGCCGAGCGAGCACGUAAACAGGGCCCUGCUGGGAAUACGCAGUCUAUCUGGACCGAAGCCAACACCGAUAUACGAGCCAAGCAUGGAUUCGAGCUUACAAGUGUCUUUGACUACAGCUGGAUCUUCGCCAACAGCUUAGAAGAGGUCCUGAUACUUGGCAAAGCAGAACCAGAUGCGAUGGGAAGAGCGCGUCAGAUCUUGGAGACCUACGGUGUCAAACAAAAGGGCCAAGAUGCCAAAGGUAUCCGCGAUCAUCUGGAUGAGGUACUGUACGUGCGUGAGGCUGAACGGCCUACCCCCAAAACUCGCGGACUCAUCCAAAUCCAUCAAAUACCCCCCGUCGCGAGGCUCUACAUACUGGGCCAACUGGAAGCGAAGCCUACCAUGGCGAAACCAUCCACUCUAUUCAACCACACUGUGUGCCUACUGAGAGAGGAUAUCACGAGGCUGGAAGUCGACAUCGUGGUAAACUCAACCGAUCCAAGCUUCUCCGGCAUGGGCACUCUAGAUCGCAGCAUCUUCAAGAAAGGAGGCGAUGAACUGCGCUCGGAAGUUUCGGCUUUCGGCAAAUGUGAAGAAGGCGACAUCAAAGCGACUGCCGGAUACCUUCUCCCAGCCAAACACAUCCUCCAUGUCGUUCCGCCUGGAGUGUUUAGGAGCGAUACCAAGAACGUCUUGAGGAAUAUCUACCGGGCAAUCUUGCACGAUGCCGUACUCAUGAGGGCAACUUCCAUUGCCAUACCGAGUAUCGGAACUGGUAUGCGGAACUACCCGCGGCGCGACUGCGCAUCAUUGGCCAUGGAGGAAGUGAAACGCUUUCUGGAAUCUGCUGAGCCGGGUAAUGGGCUUGAUAAGAUCAUAUUCGUUGUGUUCUCCUCGAAUGACGAGUUCGUCUACAAGAGCCUUUUGCCGGUCUACUUUCCGCCAACGAAAGGUAAUUCAUCGCCUACUAUCUUGGCGAAACAGCCUGCGCAGGUCGAGGAAAGCUCUUCUUCGUCAUUACCGGUUCCCACGGAUCAGCCUUCCACGUCCAUCCCUGGAGAAGAGACUACCCGUAGUGUUCUAUUUGGCAAGCAACCAGUAAGGUCACGGGCUUGGAAUGACGACGAAGCCAAGACUUUGAUGGACUUUGAACUACAUGUCGGAACUUGCAAAGUGUGCGAAAACGGUCUCUAUGAGAGAACCCACAAACUCUGUGAGCCCGGCUUCCAUUUCGCCGAAGCGGUACUACAGCGAACGGAGAUGUCUGAAGAUGCACUUGUGUACAGCAAAGCAGACGAGCCGGGUCCAGGUGAACAGCUGGAGAUACCAGUGGAGCGAUUGCCCAGCUCGAUGCUGUUACUCUCCACCGUUGCAAAAGGCGGACGUUAUGUCAUUGAGGAUGCAUCUGCUCACGUCGAAAACCCUGACGCGGCAGACCCUGAUAGGCCUGUCUCAGAGCAUCCUUCGGUACCAAACGACCCAAACAAUAUUGCGCAGGCUACAGAGCAACCUGCGGUGGUCCGCGUGGAAGUCUUGUCCCCACACACCGAUACUGGAGACUGGUUCUACUCAUGGGUUCGAAUUUCCAGGACUAAGAUUGAGAUGUACUCUGGGUACGAUCAUCCUGAUUUAUACGGAGAGUUUCCUGCAUUUGCGUGCAUAGAUUUUACCGAUACUGUCGCAAAUGUGGACGGCGGCAAAGGCACGAUAGUGUCUUUAUGGACACUACCGCAAGAACCAGACCAGGGAGAAACAUGGCAUUUUCGUAGCUCUGAAGUUGCUGAUUCAAUCGCGCUUCUCGAGCUUUUCAAACGAGCUAUCAAUCGUGGUCGCCAAGAUCGGGAGAAGAAGAUAACAGCGGAGGUUGAGGAGACAACGGGCCCGGAAGCGACGAUUGCCUUGGAAAGCGGACGGGAGGACCUUGAAGAUCCAUCUGCUGACAACAAGCCCGAUUCUGCGAAGCUGGACGACCGAACACAGACGGAGGACAAGGCCACAUACUCUUCGAAAGCCGAGGAUGCGAAUGUUGUUGAACCAGAUGCGGGGCCACGUGCUGUCAUUCGAGUCAAGGUUCUCGAACCACCCAACACCCCAAACUGGACGGACUGCAUCCUAUAUGUCUACAAGAGCAAACUCAUCGUGGAAUUUGAAAAGAGUGGUCGUUUAGACCGACCAUUUGCCACGAUAGACCUCAAACAUACUUCUUCGGACUUGGCACGUGGCACUGAUAACGGCAGGUUCAACUUCUCGAACACAUCAUUUUUGCGCGUGUGGAAUUAUGGAAGUAACGAAGAAGAAGGAUACGAAGGGAGGGGCCCGUGGUACUUUCACAGCGACGAAAAGUCUGAUGCGGAUGCAGUAUUUGAUAUGCUUCAACAGGCCAUCGAUCGUAAUGGCAUCUUUGGCGGUUGGGGAAGUACAGAUCGUAAUAGCCGGUCUGGUGAUUGGGGAAGUACAGGAUUCGGAGAUUUGGGAAUACGCUUUCCGACACCGCCGAUUGUGCCAGUUGCACAACCUGAGGACAUUGGAGAAGCUCUCGAUGCGUUGUCUUAUCCUGAAUCGAACCAAAGGCUGCGCGACAUCAAAGAACAGGUAGAUGAAAAACACCGCACCGGCGAAGACACAGAUCCACAGCACGUCGCGCACGGAGACCCUACACCCAAUUCGGGCAGUGCGUCAGCAGAUUUGGAGCCAGAGUCAGGGGAGCUUACUCUAGACACACAGAUCCUUGCCUACCUUGAUGAUGAUGAUAUUAAGACCCGACCUGGCUCGUACAUAGGCCAGAACUUCAGGGAGAUCGCUUUUGCCCUCAUACACUUUCACCCUACGUCCAUCGCUCAUGCUUUGCGAAGGCUAGCAGCAGAAGGAAAAGUUCACAACACUGUUGAUGGCGAGACAUGGGUUAUCUCGCAACCAAACACCAAGCUUCGUACAUCAUAUCAAGAGGGCCAGCCAGAGGAACCAAGCGUUGCUGGUACAGAUGCUCUGGCUGAUCAAGUCUUGAUAUACAUGAAUCGCGUAGGCGGCAGACCACUGCUCCUUUCCAUGGUCAAGGAGUUCCAAGCUUCAACUGACGCAUUAUGGCCUGCGAUUAGGUACCUGAAAGCCAACGAAUUCAUCUCUAGUGAGGCUGGCGAACAGAUCUGGAGUUUGACCGAUAAGGGUAGAACAAGAGUACGCGAGUUACGGUUGCAAGCAGCAAAAGCAGGACAAGACAUCCAACAAGUCGCUGGAUCGACCACGGGUGCGAAACCUAGCCCAUCUAGCUACUGGGAUAUCUCUGAAUUACAGGAUUUCGAAAUCAAUGUGGCACGCUUUGGCACGGACUGGACAGCAAUGGCGAAUCACAUGGGUACAAAGACACCUACUAUGCUCAAGAAGAACUACCUACGUCUUGUGGAGAUUGGCAACCCAGAUUUGGAGCAGUUGGCACAGGAAGCAGAUGCUCGAAACGCGCUCGCUUCUCAACAACUUGCUGCGGAGUCUCUCACGUCCAUGAAGCAGCCCACAUCAGAUGAGGACAACGCUAUUGCUGAAGAGCGCGAUGAUCCCAAAGCUCAGUCAGAGAAAAAUGCCAACCAGGAUGAGGAUACACCAAACAACCUAGCCGACCGUACUUUAUCUUACCUGAGAAGCCUGCCUGGAGUUAGCGAAAACAUAUCGGAUCUCGCAACCACGUUCGAUACCUCGGUCGCUGAGCUUCAACCAGUGCUUGAACAGUUGAGAUCUGAUGGGUUGGUAGAGAUGGCUGAAAAUGAGUCUACUUGGACAGCGACACCCUUGUCGAAGCGCGAAUCGGGCAAGCGCCAGUCUCAGACUACUGGGGACCCGGAUGAAGCCAAAGAACAUAACUCACUAGGCAACGUGACAGAAGAAAUGGCCGAAAAGUUCCACAAGAAAUACCAGUUACCGGUGGAUCGGGAUGUAUUCACUCGUGGUGUCCUCGCGCUUCGAUUGCAAGCUGACCUACAUCCAUCUCUCGGUUCCACACAUGACUCCGACGACGAGACUCUCGAUACCGGCCUCGCUUCAACCGAAAAUCCAGAGCACGAGAGCACGUCAUCGAAACAGGAGCUUUCAACACAAGAAUAUGCCAGCACAAAACAAGCUGGCAGCUGGAGAGAUGGGAGAGGCGCGAAGGAACGAGAACGAACCAAGUCUGGUAGAGCACUGACAGAUGAUAUCGAAGAAGACAUGGAACCAGGCACAGCGAGUAGGAUGAGACGAUUGAAGAGUGCAAGGGAGAGGAAGCACAACGCAUCGAGCAAGGCAAAGAAGGAUGACAUUGAUGACGAGUUGGAGGACUACGAUGGACAGGAAGAAGAUUUUGUGGAUGAUGUGGUUGCGCAUUCGAUGCUGGAUUAG